AUGAUGAAAAGCGAUAUACCACAGCAUGCACGACUGCUAUGUCGUCAGAAUCAGUUAACCAACACGGCUGGAAUUGCCCCAGGCUACCUCCAAGCGAAUCUGCUCGUGCUACCAGCCAAAUAUGCCUCCGACUUCCAUGAUCUUUGUCUCCGUAACCCUGUUCCCUGUCCUCUCUUGGGAAUAAGUGCCGACCCCGGGAAUACAGCAGCCAUACGUCCCCCAAAGUGUAUACAAUCAUCGGAUUUCGACAUUCGCACUGAUUUCCCUAGAUACCGAGUUUAUGCGGGCGGAAGACUCAUCGAUAGCCGACAGGACCUGCUAGAUGUGUGGGAAGAUAACCAUGUUGCGUUUUUGAUUGGCUGUUCAUUUUCCUUUGAGGAUGCAUUGACGGCGGCAGGCUUGCCGCCACGUCACCAGUCAACAGGGACCAUCGUUGCCAUGUAUCGCUCCAACAUCCCCUUAUUACCAGCGGGGGUAUUUACAGGGGGCCAUUGCAUUGUCUCCAUGCGGCCCUAUCGCCCAGAGGACAUCCCAAGAGUACGCGACAUCACUCGGGGGUAUCGUUUGACCCAUGGGGAGCCCGUCGGCUGGGGAUGGGACGGCGCGAAACACCUGGGCAUCAUGGAUGUGACCAAGCCGGACUUUGGGGAGCCCCAGCUGUUUCAAGAAGGCGAAGUACCCGUGUUUUGGGCGUGUGGCGUGACACCUCAGAUCGCCGUUGAAGCAGCAGGGGAUACGAUCGAAGGCCUUGUCUUCUCCCAUGAGCCUGGACAUAUGCUUGUGACGGACUGGACAACCGAUGAGUUACAUGGAUUGGAGUCUUAG